UACUCUCUAAUUUUCAUACAGACAAGCAUAGCACACACCCCCUCUUACUCUGUUCCCACCUCUAAACUAAACCCCAACUAAAACCCCUACCUUCUGUGCUUUGAAAAUGGGCAGCAGCCAAGCCGCAAUAUCGUUUCUGAACAACCUUGCUCGCGCUGCUUUCGGGCUUGGGGCGGCCGCUACCGUGGUAAAUGCGUCGCUCUACACCGUUGAUGGAGGCGAGCGGGCCGUGCUCUUUGACAGAUUCCGUGGUGUGAUCGAUGAGACCGUUGGUGAAGGGACCCACUUCCUCAUCCCGUGGCUCCAGAAGCCGUUCAUCUUCGAUAUCCGCACCCGGCCCCACACCUUCUCUUCCAUUUCUGGAACCAAAGAUCUCCAGAUGGUCAACCUAACCCUCCGUGUUCUCUCUCGCCCUGAGGUUUUACGGCUGCCCUACAUUUUCCAACAUCUUGGACUUGAGUAUGACGAGAAGGUGCUUCCAUCAAUUGGGAAUGAAGUCCUUAAGGCUGUGGUUGCACAGUUCAAUGCUGAUCAGCUUCUUACUGAGCGUCCCCAUGUUUCUGCAUUGGUCCGAGAGUCCCUGAUCAGACGUGCGAGGGACUUCAACAUUGUGCUGGAUGAUGUGGCUAUCACACACUUGUCAUAUGGGGCAGAAUUUUCAAGGGCAGUGGAGCAGAAGCAGGUGGCACAGCAGGAGGCGGAGAGGUCUAAGUUUGUUGUCAUGAAGGCUGACCAGGAAAGGCGGGCUGCAGUUAUUAGGGCUGAGGGUGAAAGUGAGGCUGCACAACUAAUUUCUGAUGCAACUUCUAAGGCAGGUAUGGGAUUGAUUGAGCUGAGGAGGAUUGAAGCAUCAAGGGAAGUUGCAGCCACUCUGGCUAGGUCUUCUAAUGUGGCUUACCUACCUGGUGGGAAGAACAACAUGCUUCUGGCACUAAACCCUGCCCUGGCUGGCGGCCGUUGAAUAACAGGAUCUGCUCAUGUGGUUAGGGCAUGUUCAAGUUGUGAAAGUUGCCCCUGCUUAGUUACUGGAAUUUCUUUUUGCUUUCAUUAGAUUUUUUAAUUCAAGAACUUCUGUAAUAAUCUUGUGCUUUGAUGUAAACAAUGGGUUUCUUGUCUUGAUCUUGACUAUUUCCAUCUUCUUGUGGGGCUGCAAAUAUGGGAACAAAGUUGCUCGGCCUUUCAUUUUUCAUCUAUCAGAUGGUCCAUUGUUAUUGGUAA